CCGGGCCAGAUUGACGGAAGACACGGUUUCCUGGUGAGCCAGUCCCUCUCCCCUAGGCAACCCACACAACCCGGGGUCUGAAGAUGCUGAGAUCAAUGUGGAAUUUUCUGAAACGUCACAAAAAGAAAUGCAUCUUCCUGGGCACAGUCCUUGGAGGAGUCUAUAUCCUGGGAAAAUAUGGACAGAAAAAACUUAGAGAAAUACAAGAAAGAGAAGCUGCAGAGUACAUUGCCCAAGCUCGGCGACAGUACCAUUUUGAAAGUAACCAGAGGACUUGCAAUAUGACAGUGCUGUCCAUGCUGCCAACACUGAGAGAGGCCUUAAUGCAGCAGCUCAACUCGGAGAGUCUGACAGCUUUGUUGAAAAACAGGCCUUCAAACAAGCUGGAAAUAUGGGAGGAUCUAAAGAUAAUAAGUUUCACAAGAAGUAUUGUAGCUGUGUACAGCACAUGUAUGCUGGUGGUUCUUUUGCGAGUCCAGCUGAACAUAAUUGGUGGAUAUAUUUACCUGGAUAAUGCAACAGUUGGCAAAAAUGGCACUAGCAUCCUAGCUCCCCCAGAUGUACAGCAACAGUAUUUAUCAAGUAUUCAACACCUCCUUGGAGAUGGCCUGACAGAGUUGGUCACUGUCAUUAAACAAGCUGUGCAGAGGAUCUUAGGAAGUAUUUCUCUUAAACAUUCCUUGUCCCUUUUGGACUUGGAGCAGAAACUGAAAGAAAUAAGAACUCUUGUUGAGCAACAUCGAUCUUGCUGGAAUGAUAAAGACGCAUCCAAGUCUUCCCUGUGCCACUACAUGAUGCCAGACGAGGAGACGCCGCUGGCAGCGCAGGCUUAUGGGCUUUCUCCCAGAGAUAUUACCACUAUUAAACUUCUCAAUGAGACAAGAGACAUGCUGGAAAGUCCAGAUUUCAGUACAGUUCUGAAUACCUGUUUAAACAGAGGCUUCAGUCGGCUUCUAGACAAUAUGGCGGAGUUCUUCCGACCCACUGAGCAGGACCUGCAGCAUGGUAACUCCAUAAACAGUCUGUCCAGUGUCAGCCUCCCUUUAGCCAAGAUAAUCCCCAUAGUGAACGGACAGAUCCACUCCGUCUGCAGUGAGACACCCAGUCACUUCGUGCAGGAUCUGCUGAUGAUGGAGCAAGUGAAAGACUUUGCUGCCAACGUGUACGAAGCAUUCAGCACCCCCCAACAACUGGAGAAAUGAUUGUUUUCUUUCAAGAAAAACCACAGUGGAUUCAUCUACAUUAAAAAGUACUCUGAAUAAAUCACCUAUACCUAGAGUGACAAUUUGCAACCAAAUGCCUAAUAAAAUAUAUUCUUGAGCCAAGUCUUCAUCUCAUAAUGAAGUAGAUUCAUUUAGCACCUUACUGUAUUUUUAAUUCAGCACAGUCUACUUCCUCAGGUGUAUCUAACUGUGCAGAGAUCACGUCAGCAUCAAUCAUGAUUCCUUAAAGUCUGGAUAGCUGAUCCAAACAAGUAGGGCUUUUAUACAUACAUGGAAUGGAAUGUGGUGUCCUUUCACACAUGUAAUGAGGGAAAAUGUGUCUUGAAAAGGAGAUCUAGGCUGUUUAACUAAUUAUGGCGUUUCCUGGACUCUGAAGUAAGCAAGAGCAAGCCAGAUCCUCUUCAGUCGCCCUUAGAAGGCACCCGUGAUUUGCUCACACAUACCUACGCAGGGGCUUAUCUUCUAGAAAUGAGUGGGUUUCCACACCUGUGGUCACUUACUUCUCUGCACUGUCCUGUCAGUAUUUAUUUGCAGCAUUUUCUAAGCUUCAUUAGCAGCCCUCAGAAGGCUGCAUAUAGAUUCUUCAAGCUAAUGUUUAUGUUGUUUACUCACAAUUAUUAAUAAUUACAGGUUUAUUCAUUUAUGUAUAAAUUAAUAACUUUGUAUUGAUUUUGAGUAUAAUAAGUUGUUACAAUAAACUAUUUUAAUAAAA